CCGACAUGUCGUGACUCUGGCUAACUUUACAACGUGAAUUGAAAUUGUUCUGCUUUCUCGAGCCAUUAGUCACGGGAUACUGUUUUUAAAAAGCGAUCGCUCGAUGAAAGAAGAAAGUAAAAUGAGAAAAACCAAAGCAAAGUUAUAAACAGUGGUCGUGUCGGGGAAAGAUAAUAUGGAAAUAUUCAAAGAAUCCGGAAGAGAACGUGUGCACAGAAAUAACGAUAUUAACGUUCAUGGACACUUUCGAAGUGUUGCGCAAAUAUAAUUUCACAAACGCGCAUGAAAUCCUACAUUCUCGAUUGAUUGAAAAGAGAUUUGAGAUACACAUCCCCUUCGAUUCUUCUGAAUCCUGAAUCAAACCAAAAUCGAUCGGCUGAAUCGAUCCUGAAAUAUAUCACGUAUUCAUAACAAAUAGAAGGUGGGGCACACCCGGAAAAAGCGAACAACCAGAUAUACGCGGAGAGAUAAGAAGAGAGGCGGGAAACUGAAAGCAAGCGGACAAAGUUGUAACGUUUGGUCGAGGAAACGUGGAUAUAUCGGGCACUGGCGUGGAAGAAAAGCAAGUAGUAGAGCAAGCGAGAAAGGAGUUUCGGCGAAAGGGGGGUGGGGGUUGUGAAAUGCAAGCAAGGAUGCAGAGGUGGUGUGGCGAAUCAGGACCAGUUUCAGGCCUGCGCUCACUCUUCAUACCCACGUUGCUGCGUGCCGUAGACGGAUCGUGAGAGAAGAAAGAAGAGGAAGAAGAGGAAGAAGAAGAAGAAGAAGAAGAGGAGGAGUGUCUCCUGGUGUUUAUAGAUCAAAGGAUCGAGAGAAAGCAAGGAAAGAAGGAAGGAAAAGGAAGAAAAGAAGAAAAAGAAAUUGACCAUGUUGGCUCGAGCCGUUUUCUCCUCGAUUUUGUUGAUCACUUGCGUGACCUUGGGCAGGGCGCAGUUUCGGUGUCCCGAGCCGAAAGGCUUCUUCCCUGAUCCGGAACAGUGCGACCUCUACUUCGCCUGCGUGGACGGAAAAGCGGAAGAGAAGCUCUGCAAGGAUGGACUCGUCUUCAGGGACGACAAUCCUAAGAAGGAGCUAUGCGACAUCCCUGCCAACGUGCCUUGCGGAGACAGAACUUUGCUUCAGGAGCCACAACCGAGCAAAGGAUGCCCCCGCGCGAACGGCUACUUCAAGCACGAGGACCCAACCGCGUGCGAUCGUUUCGUGAACUGCAUCGACGGCGUUGCCCAGACAAUGCCCUGCCCACCCGGCCUCAUUUACGAGGACAAAAUGUCGAGUUGCGUGUGGCCAGCUGACGCAAGUAGAUUGUGCGAGAACGUGAAGAGGGACGUUCUCGACGACGGUUUCGUAUGCCCUGACGGGGACGUGCCCGGCCCUCUGGGCAGGAUUCUACCCCAUCCGACUUAUCCCCAUCCGGACGACUGCGCCAAAUUCUACAUCUGCAAGAAUGGCGUGGUGCCGCAGAAAGGGCAGUGCGAGCCUGGCACCGUUUACAGCGAGGACAGCUUUAAAUGUAUGGAUCCUGAAAGCGUUCCUGGAUGCGAGGAUUACUACAAGAGCAAAAACUAAUUAAAGACAAGGUGCCAGUUACUCAGCGAUACGUCUGUAACGCUUAAUUUUUUUUUUUUUUUUUUUUACAUUUAGGAACAAUAAACCCGUGAUAUACUUACGUAAAUGAAUGGCCUUUGCAUA